AUGGAGGCAUUAUGUGACAAUAAUAGAUACAGUAUUGGAGUAUGUGGUGUGGGAGGGGCUGGGAAGACAACUUUGGUGAAGGAAGUACAUAAGAAAGCCAAAGAAUCAAAUCUUUUUAAAGACAUUGUGAUGACUACUGUGUCCUUUACUCCAGACAUUAGAAGAAUUCAGGGGGAAAUUGCGGACCAAUUAAAACUAAAACUUGAUGAGGAGAGCAGUUCAGCAAAAGCAAAUCAAAUAUGCUUGAGAAUAAAGAGUGUAGAAAAGAUUCUAUUAAUCUUGGAUGAUGUCUGGAAAGAUGUUGAGUUGGAAGUUAUUGGAAUUCCAUUUCAUGAUGAUCACAAGGGUUGCAAGAUUCUUCUGACUACAAGGAAUGACCAUGUGUGCAAUUUAAUGGAUUGUGGAAGGAAGAUUCCCUGGAACUUCUUAUCAGAUAAAGAAUCAUUGGCUUUAAUAAAGAAAAUUUCAUGUAUAAUUGAUGACUAUCCUCCUUUGAAUGAUGUGGUUAUGAAAGUUGUAAAAGAGUGCAAAGAAGAUUAUGACAUUUCUAUUGAAGAAUUAGCUAGAUAUAUGAUGGGGAUAGAUGAAUUUGGAACCAUUACCUGUCUUGAAGAAAUGAGGAACAAAGUGCGUGUAAUAAUUAAUAACCUCAAAGAUUCUUAUUUGUUGUUAGAAAAGCUGAAUGUUCUCAAAGUUUUAAGUCUACGACUAAAAGUCUUGUCACCAGAAUCUUUUGACUCGUUUACAAAUCUUCGAAGCCUAUAUUUGUCACAUUGCAUUUUUACUAACAUCUAUUCCUUGGGAAAGCUUAAAAGACUUGAGAUUUUGAGCUUGUACCAUUGCCGUAUGGAUGCAUUACCAAAUGAAUUGGGGGAAUUGCAGAAUUUAAGACUGCUAGAUUUGAUGAGGUGUGAGUGUGACCAACAAAAACCGAUUCCGCCAGGUCUAUUACAAAGAUUAUCCUUACUAGAACAACUAUACAUUGUUAAAGACAACUUCAAAGAUUGGGAUGAUGCAAAUAGAUGCAACGUUAACCUAUCAGAGUUGAGUUCACUAUCUCGCUUGAUUGUGCUCUCUUUACACUUGAGCAUGAAACGUAUUCCCGAAGGCUUUGUUUUUCCAGACUUGCAAAGAUAUGGCAUAUCUAUUAACAGCUUCUAUGGGUAUCACAUAUUUACUGGUCGUCAAAUUCCAGAAUAUCCAAACUCAAGAAUCUUAAGAAUCAUCAAAUUGGAUGCCUCCUCACCUAAUGCGUUCAAGCUAUUGUUCAGUAAUGUGGAAUAUCUUUUAAUUGAUUCUUGUGGGAUGGAAUACCUCAUUGAUAUAACUGGAGGAAAUCAUGCUGUUAUGUUCUCUAAUUUGGUCAAAUUAUCUCUUCAAAAUUUGAGCUGUUUGAGAACAAUAUGCCAGGGACCCGACCAUCAGUUGACUUUCAGCAAUCUCACAGUACUAGAAUUGAAUUAUUGCAGGUUAUUGACCAAGCUACUCUCACCUGUCGUUGCUCAAAGUCUAGGAAAUUGGAAAAUCUAA